AUGCCCUUCGGAACGGUUGUUCGUAGUCCAGGAAAAAAGCGGAUGAAGGCCAGGGCAGACCACUACGUGUCCGUACCAGGAAACGCACGAAAGCGUGCAGCAAUCCAGUCGCGACUCGCGUCGCUUAUAGCUACUGCACGAGCAGCCAGCUCGCCAUUAGUAAACGAUGGCGGACGGACGCAAGAGGAGAUGGUCGAUAUUGCAGAGGGGGAGCCAGGCAGAGAUGUUGGAGGGGUUGACCAGGAUGGUAUAGCCGGAAGGAAUGGUAUGGACAUCGAUAUUCUGGAACCCGCAGAUCCAGAUUCGUUCAUCAGCUACAUUACUGGAAUAUCGACACCCAGCCUGAAUCUGCCUUCAUCGGAUAAUGUCAGUACGACACGUCUCAGUGACGCGUCUUCGUUGAAUAUACGCUGGAAAGACCUACUCCCAACCCUGAUGGAUUCUUUCCUGGUCUAUCGCAACAAGUCCGUGCGCAGGCUCGAUCCGUUACCGCUGCAAUUCACACGUCACUGUUCGACGGGAACCUGUAAACCAAGACAGUCAAAAGUGCGGUGUUACACGUUGUGCAGUUACUGCGAUAUCGUGGUACCUCACUGUGAAUGCCUGACAUUACCUCAGGUUUUAGUGCAGCAUGGAAUGUUCCCCGCAUCUCCCUCACGCCUACGGACCGCAUUCUCCAUCGAGCUCCUUGACCUGUAUCAUAGGUUGUGGCAGCGUUCAUCGGAUGCAAUUACAUCCUUCUCUAGUGCCCUAAUUGCAACAUACAAGUACCGCGGUUUUUCGUUGUAUGGUGAAAAGGGCGGUGAACAGCAUGACCCGAUUCGUCGUCCGCUUAGCCAGGCUAUACAAUGGUAUGACUGUCUUGCAGUCAUGGUAGAACGCCAGGUAAACAACAUCAUUGAUACCUGCAUCUCCGAGGGUAGUGCGCCUUCUCCUACUGCUCACGCCUCUGGCUCGUCGAAUUUACGGGCGGCUGUCGACACCGCACCGACGCCCGCAGCGCUUGAACCGUUUGGCAGCGGUGCGCCGGGUCCUUUCGAGGAGUUGUCCAAAGACGAGUGUGCUGCAAGGUUACAGCGCCUGUGUCCCUGCUGCUUCGGUGGUAAUAAAUAUGGGCUUUCAUUUGACGAUGGUGGCGACAUUCACGUAGCACUUGAUGGUAAUUUGCACCAUCGACAGCUAGCUUCGGCUGGAGAGGGAGUUCCCUUUUAUGACUCAACACGAUUUCUCUCCAAGGCCUUUGUGGAUAGCGUAGGAGAGCGGAUGGCAGCAGCCCGAAAGAAACCACCAAAACCUCGAAAUCCGAAGGUUCCUGAUGAAGCAAUUGAUCAGUGUCGUGAGUCUUAUCAUGCUGCAAAGGGUGACUCGAAGAAUGCGGCUUCGGAUGUCUUUCGCGAAAGGGGACUUAUGGGACUUGUUUGCCGACACGACAUACCAGUUCUCAUAGCGUCUAUCGAUACGCCAGGGGAACAACAGAAGUAUGCGAUAGCACUGUUUGAAGCACUGUUUUCCCUCAUCCCCAACUUUGCUACUGUACUUGGAUUAUACGACAUCGGCUGCGUGCUUGACCGUAGCCUUGAAAUGUAUGAUUUCCUGCCGUUAGAAUGCGCCUCCAGAUUACGGCUGGCGACAAGUGUUCUGCAUGCAUAUGGACACCAGUGGGCAUGUCAGCUCAAAUACAACCCUCGGCUUCGAAGCGGAUUGGGUCUAACGGAUGGCGAGGGUACGGAGCGACUGUGGGCAGCAUUGAGAAAGUUAAUUGGUCCAGAGAGGCAAUCUUCACGUGAACGGCGCAAAUGGUUACUCGAUAGAUGUCUCGACUACGUUGCCGAGGAGCGACAAGAGGACCUGGGAACAUGGAUGACGACCAGGCUGUACAAGAAUGUGCAAAUCAAAGAGAGCGAGGCGAAGAAUGACUUGGAACAGGUUGGGAUCCCAGUAGCGGAGCUUCGUCAACAUUGGAAGGAACAAAGAGAUGCUCAGACCUCUGUUCGUUCUCAUGCGCACCUUCGCCUGAAGAAGGAGCUCAACAAGGUCUUACAACUCCAAGCCGAAAUCGACUCCCUCGAAGAAACCAUCUCUGCUACCAAGACAUCUAUCAAACACCUACCUCACGUGUCUCCCAAUGCACUGGACACGCUCUCCGAGCUUGAGUCUGCACAUCUUAGUCUGAAGGCACGCGCGGAGGACCUCUAUGCUUCCCUCAAUAUUCCCGAAGAUUUUCCUGACUUGAAAAAUAUCCCUUUCGACUUUCUUCGGAUGCUGUUGAUUGCAAGAGACCUCAAGAUUAGCAUCCGAAAGCGUUCAAUCGGAAGCUUUUAUGAGUGGCAAAAGCUGGACCGUGCCGUUGGAGGGCGCGAAUUUGCACUGGGAACGAAAGCACAUCAGCUCACCCGGAAGUCGAUUACCAAGCGAACUCCAGCGCUUCAGAGCGCCAUUCGAAAAUUCAAUGAUCUCUGUGACAAGCUUCGAAAGCUACAUAACUCAAACUAUGCUGUCCCUGUUCCAAAGCCUCUCCCAACCGACUUAACAGCCCUUCGCGACCCAGAGAGGUCAUACCUCUGGGAAGAUGUCUGGAUUUCCCGCUCGGACAAUGACAUCGCUCCACGCUGGUUGGUGGAUGAGAAUGUACGCAAGGGAAUACGAGCGAUGCUGACCCUCGAAAGGUGUCGUGAAGAACGUGCACGACUGGAGCAUGAGGCUCGCAAUAUGUGUAAAUGGUACAGUCAGGAGCAGCUGAGUAUCGAGUUUGCAUGCGCGUCGGCGAAGUACUCGAAGUUCCGGACUCUCCUAAAUCUGCGACUGCAGGCUCACCUGGAUCUGGCGGUCCGAUGGACAAAUCCUUUCGCCUCCCUCUCACAGCUACGUGGUGUUUCCGAACUUCGGAGAUCACCAGACUCUGCUACUCUUCAGGCCGUUGUAGAUGAGUCGGUGGGGGAAGACGUAGAUGAGCUGAUCGAAGAGUUCCAUGAUAUUGGAUUUGUGGAUGCUACGGCUGAUCAGUAUCUGGCCGAGGUGCUGGAUGAUGUGGGUGAGAUGUCAGAUGAUUAUGCGGGUGAGGACAAUAAUGGGCAUGCGAGUGAGGACAAGAUUGAAGAGGGCCAUGUGCAUGCUAAGCAAGAGGACAGUAACAACAUAGCAUUCGAUUGGUUGCUGCCGUCAGGCCUUCAACGCGACUCAAGCCUUCUCUUUCUAGUGAAGACCUUCCCACAAUGGCGUACUGCAGGCGACUUGUCGUCAAUCCGGGAGCUCACAAGUACCAUUACCCAGAUGCGGUACACAUUUAGGAGUGAGAUGCUCGACAGGAUAGAUGGUAGAACUUCGCGUCUAUGCGGAGAUUCUAUAAACGCCUGUGCUGUGCUUCUACAGGAGCUAAUAUCUAGCGACUCUUCGAUAUCCGGGAGUGCUUUAUCUUCGCCAGAUACAGCCGGCAAAUUCGCUAUCCUUUCGACCUAUGUUACUCCAAAAAUAUUCGAAGAGCCUGGGAAUCAAGGAGUUUGGCGUUUAGCGAGGAGGAGUAGGUAUUGGUGUUAUGAGAAGUGGAUCCUACCGCUACAUGACAGGGAGAUGGAGCAUUGGCUUCUAGCAGUCUUCUGUUUGAAGUCUCGCAACAUCUACCUGUUCGAUAGUUUCGGAUCGAGAGUAACUGUGAAUGCCUGGGUACCUAAGAUGUAUACUAUCCUCUCUUCGCUCGUAGAGGCUGCACAAGAACAUGGUCAUCUGCAGUCCGUAUCAAAGUCUAACUGGACUGUACGACCGUUCAAUGAUGAACGACUCCAGUCAAAUGGUUACGACUGCGGGGUAUGGGUUUUGUAUACUAUGACAGCUAUUUUACGUGGAAAGACUAUUCCACUCACACCAGAGGAGGAGAUAACAGGUUUCCGUGUGUGGCUUUCAAAAAUGAUACGGUAUCUACCAUGUAAAGUACUCGAGCCCUCAGAAUCACCCUCAUCAGAUGGCGAGAUUGAGAUGUAUUAG